AUGUCUGAAAAAGACAUUUACACUAACAAAUACAGUGAAUUGAUUAGUAUCUACAAAUACCACAUCGAUUUAUACAAUGCUUUGUAUCAGUUAAAAACGGAAAACGAAGAAGAAUUACACUCGAUUUACAAAAUGAUUAAAACAGAUUUAAUUGAUUCAAAGAAAUAUAUUCCGAAAAAUAUUAUGAAAGACAUUUUGGAUAUUAUUCCGUAUAAUAACCGCUAUUUAAAGUCAUACUUGACUCUUGCAAAAUUCAUAUUUGAUGAUUAUAAUGUAAAAGAGGUCAAAUAUAUUCCACUUGUUUCUAAAUACAUGUUUUACAAACAAUAUGGAAUUAAAUUAGACACAUCUGAUGAUUUCGAAAAAAAUAAAUACGAAAAUCUCGAUAUUCAUUCAGAAAAUACAAUUUACAGAGCAAUUAUGAAUAAUGACUUAGAAACAUUCAUUGGAUUCACAGAGAGAGACGGAUUUGAUGAGGGUCAAAAACUUGUAAGUAGUUUAUAUCCAGAUCCUGAAGACGGAAAUGAUAGAAGUCAAAGAGUUCACGACUAUUUGCAUCUUUCUCGAACACCAUAUUCAUUACUUGAAUUAUGUUGUUACCAUGGGGCGGUUGAUUGUUUCAAGUUUUUAAGAACAAAAUUCAACUCAAAAAUAACUGAAAAUUGUCCCUGCUUCUCAUUUUUAGGAAGAAAUCAAGAAAUCAUGAGUGAAUGUUUGAAAUAUCAAAAACCAAACGUAAAAUGCAUGAUAUAUGCAAUAAUUUCACACAAGAUUGAUUUUGUUACAUUCUUGAUGAAUGAAUACAAUAUACAGAUUGAUUUGUUUCAAUGCGGAUUCAAUCAUAAUCUUGAUUCUUUUUUAGUUUAUUUCGAUCAAACUAAAAAUCUCAAAAGAUGCUUCAUUUAUUCACCAAUGUUUAAUAUUCCAUCUCUUUGUGAUUAUUUCCUUUCCCUUGGUGCACGUAUCAAUGCAACAGAUGAAGAGGAGGAAACAGCUCUUUUUAAGGCAGCAAGAAAUAAUAAUAAGGAAACUGCCGAAUUUCUUAUUUCACACGGUGCAUAUAUAAACAAUAAAAGUUCACAUUACAGAACAGUACUUCUGAUUGCAGUGGAUAAUAAUAAUAAAGAAUUAAUUGAACUUUUUAUUAAACAUGGUGCAGAUAUUCAUAAAAAAUUGCAACUUGGAGAAACAGUUCUUUAUUUUGCAAUAAAUAACAAUAGAAAUGAAGCAGCAGAAAUCCUUCUUUCAUAUGGUGCAAAUAUCAAUGAAAAAGAUAACUUUUCGGUAGCUCUGCUUCAUAGAGCAGUAGAAAAUAAUAGUAAGAAAACGAUCGAAUUUCUUAUUUCACAUGGUGCAAAUGUCAAUGAAAAAGGUUACAAUGGAUGUACAGCCCUUCAUAAUGCAGCAUAUAAAAAUAAUAAAGAAAUAGUUGAACUUCUUCUUUCUCAUGGUGUAAAUAUUAAUGAAAAAGAUGACUCUUCGGAUACUGCACUUCAUAGAGCAGCAGAAAAUAAUAGUAAGAAAACGAUCGAAUUUCUUAUUUCUCAUGGUGCAAGUAUCAAUGAAAAAAAUUAUUUUGGAGAUACUGUUCUUCAUAAAGCAAGUGCAAAUUGUGAUAAAGAAAUAAUUGAACUUUUUCUUUCAAAUGGAGUAAAUAUCAAUGAUAAAAAUAAAUAUGGGGACACUGCGCUUUUUAUUGCAGCAAGAAAUCAUAGAAAAGAAAUUAUUGAACUUCUUAUUUCGCAUGGUGCAAAAAUCAAUGAAUAUAAUAUUGAGGGAAAAACCGUUCUUCAUUAUGCAGCACAAUACCAAAAUUAUGAUACAGUAAAACUUCUUAUUUCGCAUGGUGCAAAUAUCAAUGCAAAAGGUAUUCACGGGAAAACCCCUCUUCAUUAUGCAUCACGAUACCAAAGUAAAGAAAUAGUCGAACUUCUUAUUUCGCAUGGAGCAAAUAUUAAUGAAAAAGAUGAAAGAGGAUACACUGCUCUUCAUUAUGCUACAUAUUAUAAUACUAAAGAAAUAUUUGAACUUCUUAUUUCACAUGGUGCAAAUAUUGGUGAUAAAGGUAAAGAUGGAAACAUCACGCUUCUUAUGGCAGUAAAAAUGAUACUAAAGAAACAGUUGAAUUUCUUAUUUCACAUGGUGCAAAUAUCAAUGAAAAAGACAAAAAUGGUGACACGGCUCUUCUUAUUGCAUUAA